CUGAUAAGUGAUAACAAACAAAUAACUUUAUCGAAUUUAAUAUAACAAUUAAUGAGAUAAGUUAAGAAUAAGAUAAUUAUUACGAGAGUGUGCUAGACGGCUGAGCUACAAUAACGGAUUUACAAAUUUUAUUCAAACACAAAUUUCUAUAAAAAUGGCCUUAUCUAAACCUAUAAUGAAUUUACUAGCUUCUUAUUUACAAAAUCUGUAUUUGCAUCCUAUUAAGACAAAAUCUAUUACGAGCUGUGUAGUAGGUUCAUCAGCCAGCAUCGCAUCUCAGUUGGUCGCUGGAGAUUCUCUGAGGCUAGAUCCAGUCCUGGCGUAUGGUUUAUAUGGGUUACUAUUUGGAGGAUCCAUACCACAUUACUUCUAUGAGCUGGUGGAAAGAAUAUUCCCUGAAGAAGUUGUUGCAUUUCCUCUGGCUAAAAAGCUGUUAUUUGAAAGACUGAUUUUUGCACCCAUAAUGCAAGCAUUUUCUCUUUAUACUCUGGCAAGAUUUGAAGGAAAGAACCAUCAAGCAGCUUUGAAGCAGCUUUUUGCUUUAUAUUCGACUGUCCUGCAAGCAAACUGGAAAUGGCUCACUUUGUUUCAAGUCAUUAAUAUGGCAUUUGUUCCCCCUAUGCUGAGAGUUCUCUUCAUGAAUCUUGUUGGCUUUGGUUGGGCUAUGUUUGUAGCCACUAAAAGGAGACAGCAGAACCAGAAAAAGUCAACAUAAUACUAAAAGAAAAAUCAACUAAUCAAUGGUGGUGGAUACUCAGUGGUGUGGUUGGUGUACAUUUAUAGCAACUCAUUUAAUAUUUUAUAUUAAGUAACCUUAAGCUUACUUUAUAAAUUUCAUGAUGCAUAUGUGUUCACUCUCAUCUUUUGGGGACCAAUGAAGUUAACAUUGUUAAGUUUUAUUUUGAAAUUAUUACAGAUAAGCAUUUUUACUGGCUUGUAUAUAUACAACAAGGGAUAAAAAGAUUAAUAAGUCAUUAGUCUUUACAGUAAGGUAAUUUGUUAAUAAGGAAACAAAGUUGUUAUUGUGUUAGUUAGGUAUUUUAUUCUAGAACAGCAAUUUGGAUCCAUUAUUUUGAUAGAUAAUCAUCAUAUUCAUUUUACAAGUAUUUUGUGAACCAUCUACAUAACUAUUGUUAAACUUAAUAAGCAAUCAAUUCAUUCAGUGCAUGGUAGAUAUUUUUAAUCAGAUUUUUAUACACUUACUUUUUUAAUUUCUAUUUAUAAAAUGCUCAAUAAAUUGAACCUACUGUCACAAA